GAAGGAUUGCACUCAGCUGAAGACAGAGAUAGAGAGGGGGAAAGUGUGUUGGGCUCCAGCGAGGAGGAAAGAGACAGCAACCAGGAGAAACGGAGACAACUUUCUUCCAGACUCUCAACAUUAUUUCAUCGAGAGGGUUGUGGUGCGCUUUGGAAGAUCAGCUGAAAACAGUGCACAAGUUAUCAAGGCACCGUAUUUUGAGUUUUUUUUUUUUUGGAGGGGCUCGAAAUUUAAAUUUUGAGUGAAGUGGAUGUGAAAAGCGGGCGAAGGUUUUUUAACACAGAGCCGGAGGAAUGUAUCCAACUUGGGCAGCGGCGAGCCAGCGUCUCUGGAGAUGUCCAGCCUGCGCUCUCUGGAUCGCCCUGCUCCUCCAAAGUGUCCUGGUACUGAGCGCGUCUGGGUCUGAGUUUCCCCAAGACCCCAGUGUGAUAGAUACCACUUCAUGGAACACCUCUAGUGAUGGGCCCUUCUUCAUCCGUCUUGAAGCUCCCAUGAACAACAUCACCACCUCUCUGGGCCACACAGCAGAGCUUUUCUGCCGCGUGUCCGGUAACCCGCCACCCACUGUGCGCUGGCUGAAGAAUGACGCCCCAGUGGUGCAAGAGCCACGGAGGAUCUCGUACCGAUCCACGCCUUACGGAUCACGCCUCCGCAUCCGCAACCUGGACACUACUGACACGGGCUACUUCCAGUGCGUGGCCACCAACACCCAGGGUACUGUGUCCACGACGGGCGUGCUCUUUGUCAAAUUUGAUCCACUCCCUACAACUCUGGCAGGAAGGCCAACGGAGGAUUUUGAUGAAGAGGGAUUCUGCCAGCCGUACAGAGGUAUAGCCUGCGCCCGCUUCAUCGGUAACCGCAGCAUCUUCGUUGACUCGUUGCAGAUGCAGGGCGAGAUCGAGACCCAGAUCACAGCGGCCUUCACCAUGAUCGGGACAUCCAACCAUUUGUCCGAUCGUUGCUCCCAGUUUGCCAUACCUUCUCUCUGUCACUUUGCCUUCCCGACAUGCGACCGCAGCUCUGGAACCGACAAACCUCGGGACCUGUGUAAGGACGAGUGUGAGAUCCUGGAGAACGACUUGUGUAAGACAGAGUACAUCAUCGCCCGUUCAAACCCCAUCAUCCUGAAGAGACUGAAGCUGCCAAACUGCGAGGACCUGGCUGCCUUUGACAGCCCCGAGGCUGCCAACUGUCUGAGGAUCGGCAUCCCUAUGGCCGAGCCCAUAAACAAGAAUCACAAGUGUUACAACAACAGCGGGGCAGACUACAGAGGGACGGUCAGUAUGACCAAGUCAGGCCGUCAGUGUCAGCCGUGGAACUCCCAGUAUCCUCACAGCCACACCUACCUGGCCGUCCGCUACCCGGAGCUAAACGGAGGACACUCGUACUGCCGCAACCCUGGGAACAAACUCGAGGCCCCCUGGUGCUUCACUCUGGACGAGGGGGUCCGCAUGGAGCUCUGUGAAAUACCCGUCUGUGACCAUAAAGACAAUUCUGGUGGCAGCAACAUGGAGAUCUUGUACAUCCUGGUUCCCAGUGUGGCGAUACCGUUAGCCAUCGCCUUGCUCUUCUUCUUUAUUUGCGUGUGCCGCAACAACCAGAAGUCCCCCAGGCCUCCUGCUCCUCGUCAGCCCAAACCGGUCCGAGGACAAAACGUUGAGAUGUCCAUGCUCACAACUGCAUACAAGCCAAAGAGUAAGGCCAAAGAGCUUCCUUUGUCGGCUGUGCGUUUCAUGGAGGAGCUUGGAGAGUGCACUUUGGGGAAGAUCUACAAGGGUCACCUGUAUCUGCCGGGCAUGGACCAGGCACAGCUCGUGGCCAUUAAGACCCUGAAGGAUGUCUCCAAUGCCCAGCAGUGGGCCGACUUCCAGCAGGAGGCCGCAGUGCUGACGGAGCUGCAGCACCCAAACGUGGUGUGCCUGCUGGGUGUGGUGAUUCAGGAGCAGCCUGUCUGUAUGCUGUUUGAGUUUUUGCCCCAAGGUGACCUCCACGAGUUCCUCAUCAUGCGUUCACCACACUCUGACGUUGGCUGCAGCAGUGAUGAAGAUGGCACGGUGAAAUCCAGCCUGGAUCAUGGAGACUUCCUGCAUAUGUCCAUACAGGUGGCAGCUGGGAUGGAGUACUUGGCCAGCCACUUUUACACCCAUAAAGACCUUGCAGCUCGGAACAUUCUAGUAGGUGAACAGCUCCACGUCAAGAUCUCCGACCUGGGUCUCUCCAGAGUGAUCUACUCCUCAGACUACUACUGCAUUCAGCCCAAAACUCUGCUUCCCAUCCGCUGGAUGCCCCCGGAGGCCAUCGCUUACGGAAAGUUCACCACAGACUCGGACAUCUGGUCGUUUGGAGUUGUGCUGUGGGAGAUCUUCAGCUACGGUCUGCAGCCCUAUUACGGCUUCUCCAACCAGGAAGUGAUGGAGAUGGUGAGAAAGAGGCAGCUGCUGCCCUGCCCCGAGGACUGUCCGCCAAGGUUUUAUGGUUUGAUGACUGAAUGCUGGCAGGAGGGACCAACGCGUCGAGCGCGCUUCAAGGACAUCCACGCCCGCCUGCGAGCCUGGGAGGGGCUGUCGUCCCACGCCAGCUCCAGCACGCCCUCUGGUGGCGGAGGCAACGCUACCACCCAGACCACCUCACUCAGCGCCAGCCCCGUCAGCAACCUCAGCAACCCCCGCUACGCUGCUGCCGCGGCUGCUGGGUACCUCUACCCAGCCCAGGCGAUUCCCUCACCGGGCCAGAUGGGCCAGAUGGGCCAGAUGGGCCAGAUUCAAGCCUGGACACCGAUGGCUGUAACGCAAACCCACCAGCGCUUUAUCCCCGUCAAUGGAUACCCCAUCCCGCCAGGAUACGCAGCUUUCCCCGCCCACUUCCCUCCCCCGGCCCCACCGACCAGGGUCAUCCAGCACCACCUACCCCCUCCCAAAAGCCGCUCACCCAGCAGCGCCAGCGGCUCCACCAGCACGGGUCACGUCAGCGGAGUGCCCUCCACCACGGGCUCUAAUCAUGACGCCAACACGCCGCUGCUCUCCCACUGCAUCAUGCCGGGGAGCGGUGGAGGGCCGAUUCAGGUGUACGGACAAGUUUGCCAGAAGGGAGUGGGACAACUGGACCACGCAUCACAAACAGCGCUGCUCGCUGCUGAUUCUGACGUACUGAUGUACAACGACUCGGUCAUCACCGCAGACCUGUAGAUAGAUAGAGACAUAGUCACACGCUUUCUGCUCGGGACCCACAUUUGUGAAGUUUAGCCUCUCACACAGGGACCCAGUCUUCUACUCUGGUCACAUGGAGACCGAACAGAAACUGGCCUGUACGCACAUUUGAGUGUGCAAGAAACAUUGCCGCAGCUACACAAGUAUAUACACAGCUGUCUGACUUUUUAAUGCCUUUUUGUUUAAAGCAUGUGUACUUACCACCAUGGUUUGAAAAUGUCGUGCUAUUAUUUUAACCUCUGUGUAAAUACGGUACAUAAGUCCUGAAUGAAUGAGUGAAAAACAAAGAUAUAUAUUCGAAAGAACUUUUUAUUAAGGUGAAAAAAUAGCAAGUCCACCCUGCUUCCUAAGAAUUAUUUUUUUUGUUUGUAUCACAAUCUGACAAAAUGUUCCUGUGUCAAUUAUCAUGUUAACAGACUGUUUCAUGCAGGAUGUGAAGGAAACACUGACACUCAUACCGUGACCUUUUGGUGCCUUUCAGCAGUGGUGCGACUUGCUUGUUUCUGGACGUAUAAAAACACAAAAAUGUGCUGUACGUGUGCUUGUACAGUAACAUAAACUGCAUUUAGCAAUUGAUAACCGAGCGAACAAAAAUGGGAACAACAGACUGAACAAACAGAAAGUUUAGCAGCUUUAACUGAGAAGACCAGCACUGACGUGCUCAAAUACACCAGUAGCCUAUACGAGGCGUACAGGUGGCGUAUCCUGCCUUUUGGGUUUCACGUAUUGCAGGCAGACAGCUUACGGCUAUGUGACGGCUCCCCUUCGAAGCAGCUGGAAUUCAAACUAAAACAGAUACAGGUGAUAAUUUGGCUAAAAUACUCAUCCAGGCACUGAGAUCUGGCAUUUUCACGCAAAAUCCCUUCGGAAGUGACAUCUGAGUGUUUUUUGUGCAACCUCAACAUCUGACACUAUUGCAACAUUGACACAAGUCUUUUUGCCUUGUUCAAAUUUCAGUUUACAGCUUCCUAGGCUGGGGAAGCAGGGAGUACUUCUGAUUGGACAAAAACACUCAUCAGCCUUUCUUUCUCCCUACAUUCCUCUCUCUCUCUCUCUCUCUCUCUCUCUCUCUCUCUCUCUCUCUCUCUCUCUCUCUCUCUCUCUCUCUCACCUUCAAUGGGGAUCCCUUCAUCAUUUUCCCCCUCCUCCUUUACUCCGUCGUGCUGUCUUCCACCCUCCGAGCGGACAUGGCAUUUAACUUCAAAAGCUGGCUGCAGAGGACCCCAUACAGAUCUACAAAUAAAACCACACAUCGCUCAUAUCCUCCACAGCUAAACUGGACUGGUCUCAGGGUACAAACACUUCACUCACCACACAAGCGCUGGGGUCAAUUUACUGUCAGUGAAAUUUUACCCUCACAAAAGAACAUUUUUAUUGUAAAUUGGAUAUGGAGUUUUAAUUUCUAUGGGAGAGUUUUUCCAGUAUUUGAAUUUUGAAGGAACUUAGAGAUCUUUUUCACAGGGCUUAUCUUCAUGUCUUUGCACUUUCCUUUCCUGUUUUUCAGCAUCUGUGUGAGUGAGAGUACUCAAAGCAGGGAGGGUUAACACAAGGCUCAUAGUAGAUAACGUUACUAUGGCUGCCCCCUAUUAGUCGAUUAGUCGACUAAUCGGUCCUUUUGGCCUUAGUCAAGUAACAUUUAUUUAGUAGAUUAGUCAUUUUUUAAAUGCUUUUUCAUCAGGAAUGACUUAUUUCCAAGAAACGUAUGAGCACAUAUUUGGUAAACACCAGAUGUAAUGUGCUGCUUUAGCAUGGUUCUUUGUUGAGAAUUCAGUUUUACAGAUCUGUUGAUUAAAUCAACUUAUCGAUUAGUUCAUAAAAUCACAUCAUUGUGAGUCGAUUAAGAAUUUAUUUAGUGGAGAACAGCCCUAAAUGUUACCAUUACAAAAAUCAGCCUCAUGUACAUAAAUAUAGUAUGUUUGAUGCGCUUACGUUUACGCCACUCUGUGCCUGAAGAGAAGAAAGUUUAACCUAAAAAAUGAUAAUUUUCAUGAGCUGGGGACAGACUGUAUCACUGUGUGCAGAGAGAUUUAUCUAUGUUGCUGUUAUUUUAGUCUAUAUCAGUUAGUAUCAUGAAAUGAAUGGUAUCCGUAAACACCUGGUGCCAACUGUGCUGACAUGUAGGGGAUCCCAACAAGGGUAGGUGCAGAUUUUAAAAGUAAAAAUAAAAUAAAUACGCCCAUAUUGUUCCCUUGUGAGUCUCUAAAAUUAUAGCUGUAUUUAUUUUUCAACGUGUCCAGCAGCAGGUAAUCAUAUACGGUUUUGGAGGCUUUUCCUUAAAUAUCCUUUUGUGAUAUGAAGACGUUUUUGGUAAAUGGUUAAUAAUUCACAUUUCUGCAAUCACACAAAUGAUGCCUUUGCUGUCUGUUAUUGUCUGUUUUGAUGAUUGUUGGUUAGAAGCACGGCUAAAUGUGAAGCUUUUGUUAUUUAAAAACGACAACAUAUCGAUAAUAGAAAGGGCUGCAGUAACAGAACAGUUUGGGAUCUGGUGUUACCUUCUGUGUAGUAGACAAUCAUUGGUUUUGAAUGGUCGCAAAAGUGUCCCAGAUAUAGUGCAUUGUUUUAAUGAUAACGUUUUUAAGUUGACAUUUGUGGAAUGUAGAUAGACAAGACUGUAUUGUGUUAAGUAUUUAGUUCAUGUACCCUUAAACCCUUCAUACCGUGGCUACGAUCUGACUACUCGCUACAUGAAAAGCAGCUGCUCCAAGCCACUGCAUACUAAAAUGAAAAUAAUUCCGAUUUAGAUUAGACUGAACUUUAGUUUACCCUGAAAUAAUUUAUUCAAACCAACUAUGGUCAACAGAAGCUGAUAACUCUUAGCAAAAUGAAGGGA